CACCUUACGUGGCAUUAGUUAAAGUCGAUGUUUCAUUUAAGGAAACAAAUUUCUUGUUUUAGUGUAAACAUUUGUCAUUAUUUCUCUUGUUUGUUAUGAUUUAAACGUCAAAUUAAUCAAAAGAAUUUCACAAAAACAAAAUGAAUCAACACUAUAUGCAACAACAGCAGCAACCUCCUCUUUAUGGAGGGCAAAAUCGACCAACUUCUUAUGAAGGUUUGAAUGCUAAUAUGCCUCCAAACAUGAUAAAACCUCCAGGUACUGAACAAUAUCCACCUCAAAAACCUAUGCAAACUCCAGAGAUAAAUUUACCUCCUCGGCAGAAUUUGUAUUAUAAUUACAAUGCAAACAUGCAGGAAAACGUUUCAACACUCCAAAAUAGUUCAUCACAUGCACCACCCAUUCCAACUGCAAAUCUAUCAAAUCAAAUGUCAAACAUGUCUUUAAAUAACGUACCUCCAUCACAAAAUAUUCCACCACCAACCAACAAUGGUAUGUCUCUUGCUUCUAACAACAUAAAUGGCUAUACAUCUGCAGAUCAUUCACCAUCAAAUCCAGCUGAUCCUCUACUGACUCCUCCAGCAGCGAAACAACCACCGAUUUCAAGUCUUCCGACAUCUGCACCAGCUAAUAAUUUUAAUAAUUAUCCCACAAGUGAGAUUUCAGCUCCACCAAAUCAAAUGAUAAAUCAACGACCACCUUCAGGUCCACCUCCAUCAUCUGGACAGGGACUUCAACAGCCACCAAUGGGUUUUCCUUCGGCUGGACCUCCAAAAGGACCAGGAAACGCAUAUUUAGGUCAACAAAUGUCACAAUCGGGUCCGCAAAUUACAUCACCUAAUCAGCAAAUGCCACCAUUAGCACAACAAAUGCCUCCACUAAAUCAACAAAUGCCACCACCAAGUCAAAAAAUGCCUCCAUUAAAUCAACCAAUGCCACCAUUAAAUCAGCCGAUGCCACCAUUAAACCAACCAAAUACAUCUAUACAGAAUCAACAAAAUUUAUCGGGGCCAACGAUGCAACCUGGCUCAUCCGGAUCAUUGACAGGUCGACCUCUUCAGCAACCAGGUGGCCCUGGUUCUUAUAAUAUGUACCAACCUCCUGGACAACAAAAUUUAUCAGGACCUUUACCACCAUCAAGUUCUUAUGGACCAACUGGAGCGGUUCCACCCACUCCUAAUCAAUCACUUCAACGUCAAGCUAUGCCAGGACAAACUAUGCCUCCAUUACCUGGGCAGAUGCCACCUCGUCAACCUCCUGGUACUAUGCCAGGUUAUCAACAACCUGGAGUCUACCCUCCCAACUACCAGCAAGAUUUGUAUGGUGCUCAAAAGGGUCAGUAUCAUCCUCAAGGUUUGAAUAUGCCUGGAGCUCUGACUGGCGGUUAUCAACCUGGCACUCAACCUCAACAAGCAAAACGGCUUGAUCCUGAUUCUAUGCCUAGCCCUAUUCAAGUUAUGCAAGAUGAUCAGAAGGCACGCGGAGGAAUUUUUGCUACAAAUCAAAAGGGAUUAGUACCACCAUUUGUGACAAGUAAAUUUAUUGUUCAAGAUCAAGGUAAUGCCUCUCCAAGAUUUAUCAGAUCAACCAUUUACACCGUUCCAACUACUAAUGAUAUUAUGAAACAAACUGGUGUACCAUUUGGAUUGAUUUUAAGUCCAAUGGCUCAAAUAAGUGAAGGAGAACAAGAACCACCAAUUGUUGACAUGGGUGAAGUCGGACCAGUAAGAUGUACACGCUGUAAAGCUUAUAUGAGUCCUUUCAUGCAGUUUAUUGAUGCUGGAAGAAGAUUUCAGUGUAUGUUCUGUAAAGCAAGCUCUGAAGUACCAGCUGAAUAUUUUCAGCAUCUAGAUCAUACUGGACAACGAAUGGAUCGAUUCGAAAGGCCAGAAUUGAUGUUAGGAACAUACGAAUAUUUGGCUACUAAAGAUUAUUGUAGAGAUAAUACUUUCCCUAAGCCACCGGCCAUUGUGUUCAUCAUCGAUGUUUCAUAUAACAAUGUAAAAUCUGGCCUGGUUAAUCUCAUAUGUGCAGAGAUGAAAAAUAUCAUUAAGAAUCUUCCAAAAGAUACCUAUGAAGAGCGUACGAAAAUGAAAGUCGGUUUUAUUACUUAUUCCAAUACGGUACACUUUUAUAACGUUAGUCCAUGGUUGACUCAACCUCAGAUGAUGGUGGUUGGUGAUGUUCAAGAUGUCUUCAUGCCUCUGCUCGAUGGAUUCCUUUGUGAUGUUGAAGAAAGUGCUACAGUUAUUGACAGUUUAAUGUCACAAAUACCUGUAAUGUUUGGAGACACUCGAGAAACAGAAUUAAUUCUUGCUCCUGCUAUUCAAGCAGGAUUAGAGGCAUUGAAAGCAUCCAAUUGUGCUGGAAAACUUUUGGUAUUCCAUUCGUCUUUACCAUCAGCUGAAGCUCCUGGAAAAUUGAAAAAUCGUGACGAUCGCAAACUUUUAGGUACAGAGAAAGAGAAAACUGUACUUGCUCCACAGAAUAAUGUUUAUAAUAAUUUGGGUCAAGAAUGUGUUGGUGCCGGAUGCAGCGUAGAUCUUUUUGUUUUUAAUAAUUCAUAUGUAGAUAUUGCAACUAUCAGUCAAGUUUGUAGACUAACAGGAGGAGAAGUUUAUAAAUAUACUUAUUUCCAAGCAGAAACAGAUGGUGAUAGACUCAUCACAGAUAUUAUUAACAAUAUUAGUAGACCAAUAGCUUUUGAUGCAGUAAUGAGAGUUCGAACGUCAACUGGAGUGCGGCCUACUGAUUUCUUUGGUCAUUUCUUCAUGUCUAAUACAACAGACAUGGAGUUGGCCAGUAUAGAUUGCAAUAAAGCCGUAGCAGUAGAAAUUAAACAUGAUGAUAAACUUACUGAUGAAGAUGGCGUUUAUAUUCAAGUUGCUUUACUUUAUACAUCAUGUGGAGGCGUAAGAAGACUACGAAUUAAUAACUUGAGUUUACGUGCAUCAUCUCAAAUGACAGAAUUAUAUAGAGCGUGUGAUCCAGAUGCUGUUAUUAAUUUCUUUGCUAAACAGAGCGUCUUUAAACUCAUUGAAUCAACUCCCAAAAAUAUCAAAUAUAAUUUGAUAUCUAAGUGUGCUACUAUCCUCGCAGCUUAUAGGAAACAUUGUGCAUCGCCAUUUAGUGCAAGCCAACUUGUAUUACCGGAAUGCAUGAAAUUACUCCCUCUUUAUGUUAAUUGUUUACUAAAGAGUGAUGCAAUUUCUGGAGGUGCUGAUAUGACAAUUGACGAUCGGUCUUAUGUAAUGCAAGCUGUAGCAACCAUGCCUUUGUAUACUUCAGUGGUUUAUUUCUAUCCUAGAUUGCUUCCUCUUCAUGAUGUUGACCCACAGGAUACAGAAUUACCUCAACAACUUAGAUGUUCAUUUGAUAAAUUUGCUGAUGAUGGAGCUUAUUUACUUGAAAAUGGAAUUCACAUGUUCCUCUGGCUCGGUUUGGCUUUGCCAACUGAAUGGAUUCAAGCAGUAUUUGGUGCACCAGUCGUCGAUACAGACCGUACUUCAUUGCCUGUUCUAGAUAAUGCAUUAAAUAGACGUAUUAGAGACAUUAUUAAUCGAGUGCGAAUAGAGAGAUAUCAUUGCAUGAGGUUAACCUUUGUGAGACAGCGAGAUAAACUUGAAAUGGUUUUACGUCACUUCCUGGUAGAAGAUCGAGAAAAUGAUGGUAGUCCAAGUUAUGUUGACUUUCUCUGUCAUAUGCACAAAGAGAUUAAAACACUUUUAAACCAAUAAAAUUGAAGAAAUAAUUGUUUAAAAAGUGAAAUCCAAGUGAAAGAAAUGUGAAAAAUUUUAUUUUUAAAUUUAUUCAAUAUUUUUCAGAAAUCUGUACACAUGUAUUUAUCUUAUUUACAUAAUUUAUGUGUGUACUAAAUGGUAUGAAAAUAAUUACUAUUUGAAUGAAGUAAAAUAAUAAAAACAAUUACGGUAAGUGCACUCAGUCACAGUGAUACGCUCAUAAAUAAUUGUUGAACGUAAACAAAUGAUUGAAUUGUAUUAUUACAAACAAUUUUAUUUUAGAAGGUAUACAUAUAUAAAUAAAUUAGCCUUUUGUUAUUACUUAUAAGACUCAGUUAAUUA